CCGGAAUUUUCUUCCUUGUUACGGAAGCGUUUCGUCCUUUUUAUUCAUCAGAGAAUUCUCACAGCGCGCGAAGGAUCGCGCGCCAAAUAGAUAGAUCGGACGAUUCGGACCCAUCAAUCGAGCAGCGACGUCGAGUAUUCAGAUAGACGAUGAAGAUUACUGUGAUGACUGCGGAUGAGCAAUUCGUUACCCUCGAUGUCGAUGCCGACGAGUCGGUGGAGAAUGUAAAAGCACUCCUAGAGGUGGAGACAAAUGUGCCAAUUCAGAACCAGCAGUUACUUUUCAAUGGGAAAGAGAUGAAGAACACAGAGCAGUUAAGUGCUGCUGGGGUUAAAGAGGGCGACUUGAUGAUGAUGGUUUCGAAUGCUAAUAGUGCCUCUGCAAAUGAUCUAAGCUUCAACCCAGAUGGAUCAGCAGCAAACCCAAGAGCUUUUCAGCAGCAUGUUCGGCGUGAUGCUCGUGUGAUGGAGCAGUUGCUUCAGAGUGAUCCAACAUUGGGUCAAAUGAUUCUUGGAGAUGAUGUGGAUGGCUUACAAAAUUUAUUGAGGGAACGCCAUAGACAUAGACUGCAAUUACGACGGCAACAGGAGGAAGAGCUGGCACUACUGUAUGCCGAUCCAUUUGAUGUUGAAGCACAGAAAAAGAUUGAAGCUAUUAUCCAACAGAGAGGAAUUGAUGAGAAUUGGGAGGCUGCAUUGGAGCAUAAUCCAGAGGGUUUUGCACGGGUGGUAAUGCUAUAUGUGGAUAUGGAAGUGAAUGGUGUGCCGCUGAAGGCAUUUGUGGACAGUGGAGCACAAUCUACGAUAAUAUCAAAAAGUUGUGCUGAGCGUUGUGGGCUAUUAAGGCUUUUAGAUCAGCGUUACAAGGGCAUUGCACAUGGAGUUGGUCAGUCAGAGAUACUUGGUCGGAUACAUGUGGCACCAAUUAAGAUUGGACAUGUGUUCUAUCCUUGCUCGUUCAUGGUGCUUGAUUCUCCUAACAUGGAGUUUCUUUUUGGGCUUGAUAUGCUCCGCAAGCAUCAGUGCGCAAUUGAUUUGAAGGAGAAUGUCUUGAGAGUUGGGGGAGGAGAAGUUUCAGUGCCUUUUCUACAAGAAAAAGAUAUUCCAUCUCAUUUUCUAGAUGAAGAAAGAUACACGAAGCAGCAGUCUUUAAGCACGCCUUCAGCUCCUGGCACGUCAGGUGGAACACCAAAAAAUGAUCGUUACAGUACUGCACCUUCUGGGAGUAAUACUUCUGGAACUCCAAGAAAUGUCAGUACACAGGGAGCUGAGUACGAAGCCAAAGUCACUCAGCUUAUGGAUCUGGGUUUCAGUCGUGAAACAGUAACACGUGCGCUGACUCUUGCUAAUGGUAAUGUAGAACAGGCGGCUGGUUUUCUAUUUGCUGGUUGAUAUGAUUGCACUAAUUUAUCUUGGACGAUGUGCCUUAAUUAUUUUUUUUAUUGAUGUGACAAGUUAGAAAAAAUUGUUAAAUCGACAUGAUUAUUGAAAGUCCAUUUUCCAAA